AUGCAAGUGCAAGUGACAAACGAUACAAUGCAUGAUAUCGUACUACCUGGACGGACUGUUUUGGGAAGCCUUGAACUUAUUCGUUCUGUUACACCAAUCGAGGUGAAAUUAAAGGAAAAUGUAGAUGAUGAGGGGGAGGAGGGGGAGGAGGGACUUUCGCUGCCUCCAAACGAAAUGGACGAACUUGUACAGUUAAGCUUACGACCAGAGUCGGCAAACGACGCGACAGUGGACCCAAAUACAAAUGACGAGAUUAACCAGAGUAGGGAAGUACAUGGUAAUGAAAAUGACGCGAACAGGCUGAACAUUCAAGUAGAAGAAACGAUGGAAACGCCGGGUGAUAUCGAAGAAACACCGCCGCAACCGGUUCGUCCACAAAGGCAAAGACAGCCACCGUUACGUUUUGGGUACAAUGCACCUGGUUGUCCUACGGGAGAAUUUCCUUUCAUUUGGCAAGAACCUAACGUGCGAUUAGUUCAAAUACAAGAUCCGUGGUUUGACCCACCUUAG